GGUAGCUGCAGCCCUUGGAAACAAAUACUAUUCAUUUUAGUUAGAUUACAGAAAAUAACUUUUUCUCGAUAUUCGCCAAAAUCUGUGAAAAAUUAGAUUUUUGAGUUAUCAUUAAUAACAGCCAAUACAUCAUAUACGUCUAAUUGACAUGUUUUCGUUUCGUGAUACUGCAUCUUAAUUUUUUAUUGUAGACACAUGCAUAUUAAAUUUGAUUGUGUAGUAAUGUUUUUCUGAAGAUAAACGAAGUGAAUAAAUAUUAAGAUCUUCGUGUGAAUUUUAGGAAAUCUGCUUCUAUUUAAUUCAAUAACUACGAAACCAGCGAAUUUAUCAAAAUCAUAGACAAGUUAACUAAACAUACAGCUAUUUCUUUUUAUAGUUUACAAUUUAAAUCGGUAAUAUGUCAGCUUUACCACGAAGAAUUCUAAAAGAAACGCAACGUUUAAUGCAAGAGCCCGUGCCAGGUAUUAGUGCUCAACCUGAUGAGGGUAAUGCACGAUAUUUUCAUGUUAAAGUAACUGGCCCAGAAGACUCACCGUUUGAAGGUGGUUUGUUUAAACUUGAAUUAUUUUUGCCUGAAGAUUAUCCUAUGUCUGCUCCUAAAGUUCGUUUCAUCACAAAAAUCUAUCACCCUAAUAUUGAUAGAUUAGGUCGAAUAUGUCUUGAUAUAUUAAAAGAUAAAUGGUCACCUGCAUUACAAAUUCGUACAGUUCUCUUAUCAAUUCAAGCUUUACUUAGUGCACCUAAUCCUGAUGAUCCAUUGGCUAAUGAUGUAGCUGAGUUGUGGAAAGUAAAUGAAAUUGAAGCCAUACGCAAUGCCAAAGAAUGGACACGCAUGUAUGCUACAGAAAAUUAAUCAGAAUUAAGAAAAAUAAUUUAAAAUGAAAAAAAAAGUUAUUAUAAUAAGUACUCGGAAUGAAAAUCAUUGUAAAUCGAGCAAUAUACUUUAUAUAUAUUUUCCAUCAGUUAUCCUUUAGCAAAAGGGAAUUUAUUAAUAAUUAUAGUAAAUGGUCUUAAAGAAAUUUGUUAAAACUCUUUGAUUCCUUUUUUUUAUUUUUGAAAAUGUACGUUUCACUAUGAAGUAUGUAAAAAACAUAAUAUCUUAUAAAAGGGUAUGGAUUUUAUUAAUUUGUUCACUAAAGUUAUACAUCCAUAUUACUUUCUAGCGAGCAAUAGUAAAAUGUGUACAUAUGAUAUGUAUACUAAUAUUGAUAUUGUACUGCUUUUUUUGUUUCGAAUUUGUCCAUAAUAUUUAGAUACACAUUAUUAUUAUUUAUUAUCA